AUGUCUCUCCACACCUCCUAUCACGCCGACUCCGACGCGGAUGAUGAGUACGAACGCAGUGUCAUUACCUCGCCGCACCUUAAUAUCGACUCUGAGUGCUCUCCCACAGACUCCGACAUUCAGUCGGCAGAACAUACUCCGACCAAAUUCGGACACCCGAUGGAUGGUCCUCGUUCCCCGCGAACCCUCAUUACAGAAUGGGGAGUGGAAGAAUGCAAGGAAUUUCUGACGUCACUUGGCUUGCUUCAAUAUCAUGGCGCAUUUCGAGAAAAUGCGAUUGUCGGCGAAGCCCUAGUUGCUUUGAAGCAUGAGGAGCUGAAGGAAAUGGGCAUCAACAGUGUGGGACAUCGAUUGACAAUUUUGAAGAGCGUUUAUGAAAUCAAAGUCAAGCAGAUGGUCCCUCUCGAUGCAGACCAUUAUAUUCCCCUUUCUGCGGACCAGAGUAUGAAUGAGACCGCAUCACAACAGGACCUCGCGUGUUUGAUCAAAUCGAUCCAGGUUCGAGACGAGAAACUCAUGUUGAUUGAGACCGAGCUGCGGCGGAUCACAGAUGAUUAUCGGCGAUUGCGCGAAGAAAUCUUGCCAGUUAUCAAAAUCGCAAAAGAUCGCUCACAUCCAUUACCACCUCCUUCUUCAGGCGGGCAACCUUCAGACAACUGGCAUGAUAGCACAGCCACUCUUACAAAUUCCCAGCCCAUCAUAAGUGAACAAUCAUCGUCAUCCAAGAUUGCGCGAGCUUUCUCCAAGCGCAUUCACCCCAGCGGCCCGACCCCCAAGAACAACUCGCCAACCCACAUCCCACCGAUGGGCUAUGAACGGGGAUCUCACCACGACACCCUGAACCCGUCAGCUGCCGCUAUGGCCGCUUCGUCCCAUCUGACAGCCUCAAUGAACGGAGGAUCACAACUAUCACCUGGCAUACCCUCACCAACGUCGCCUCAUCUGCACCACGCCCAUCCUCAGACACUCAAUUCACGAUCAUAUUCUCAAGCACCAUCCAGUGGGAACCGCAACACGGCCUAUGAUUAUCCCGAACAAACACCGACUGCACAUUCCCGAGACCGACUCACUCCAAGCCAGCUACCAUCAUCCCGCGCCGAGACACCAUCCACGGCAUCACGUCUUGACCCUCGACCCGACAGGACCGACUCACGGACUGGAGGUGGCGGGAGCGGAGGCGGUGAAAAUCCAAAUAGUGUGGAAAUCUUCAAGUCGUUCCGAGUCUCGUGGGAAGAUCCCUGCUACAAGGUUCUGCCGGCUGCCCUCAAGAAAUACAACAUUAACUCUGACUGGAAGAAUUACGCUCUUUACAUCGUGUAUGGAGACCAAGAGCGAUGCCUGGAAUUGCAGGAGAAGCCUCUUCUCCUGUUCAAGCAGCUAGAAAAGGAAGGGCGAAAGCCAAUGUUCAUGUUGCGGAAAAUUCACAUGGACAACCCGAGUGGCACCCCCGGGCCUACCGCAUCAGCACCCAACAGCGCUGGCUUCGAUAGCGGCCGGCAAGGACAGAUCAACCUGCCGGGUGGUGUGCUGUGA